AUGCCCAGAUUAAUGGAGAGUAAACAAAAAAAAUCCGGAACAGAACUUCAGUUUCUUUCUGCAGGAAAGCGUCGUCGUUCUGGGCUGCAAGACGGACCGCAGAACAAAAAGUCUCGAUAUGAAGACAUUGAGCCGUGCAGUACGAAUUCGGUUUCUGAAGUUGAAAACAAGACUGGCCAUAAAAGGAGACGACAGAGAAAGCGCACAAAGAGGUUGCGGGACUUGAUCAAAAGCAAGAUAGAGGUGGCUCUCCGAAAAUCCACUGGACCAUUAACGCGUCUUUUUACGUCUGUCGACGAUGCCGGAACUCCACAAGCUCCUUAUGUUGAAGUCAUUAAGUUAAUCGGUCUCAGUCAAGAGGAUUGGCUCAAGGCGGCAUCGUUGUCUCCGAAAGCAGUUGAGAGCAUUUCCAACAUCACGGACAUGUUUCGCAUUGAACGCAGUCCUGAGAACAAACUCAUGCUCAAGUAUCGUGCGACGGAAUGGAGGAUUGAGGACUGCACUGUUUACCUGGAUAAUCUCCCGUUAGGGUGCACAGCAGAAAAGAUCGGCCGUUUCGCACGAAAAUUCGGAACAGUUGUAGAGGUUCGAGUACCGAGGUCAUCAUCCAGACCAGUUUCAUCUAGCUACGGAACCAUAGAAGUCGGAAAGCAUUCACGUUCCUUUGCGUUUCUGCAAUUCACUGAACCUGAGGCUUGCAAAAGCAUGUGUGAG